AUCACGAGAUCUCGCGUUACGCGUGAUUUCAUUCUGCACAUGCGCACUGUCAGUCGUACACGAAUACUUCCGGUUUCUACACAGCUGGGAAUCAUGUCGAAAGUCACCUUCAAGAUAACGCUUACAUCGGAUCCAAAACUGCCCUACAAAGUACUCAGUGUACCAGAAGCAACACCAUUCACGGCAGUUCUAAAAUUUGCAGCAGAAGAGUUUCGGGUACCACCUGACACAAGUGCCAUCAUCACCAAUGAUGGAAUAGGUAUCAAUCCAGCCCAGACUGCAGGCAACGUUUUCCUAAAGCAUGGCUCUGAGCUGAGGAUUAUACCAAGAGACCGGGUUGGCUGCUGAAAAAAGAACUCCUCCACCUAUCCAUCUUAUUUUACAAGGACGUCGACAUGGCUAUGUGACAAAACUAUCAAGUUGAAGAAACUGCAAAUAUGUAAGGCUCAAUGUAUUAGUUUGUCAAAUUGACUAAAGAAGAUACUUGAUGCAAUCACUGAUGUGUACUACCAGAAGAUAUUUAUUUCCAUUAUUCUUGUCAGCUGGAGUCCCCAUUUUAUCCAUAAUGUUACAGUGGUAGAAAUGCAGUUUUAGUUUUUUAAGAAAAGUAUGUUAAUCAAAUAUUCCAGUGCAUUGUCUAAAAUAUAUGUAUGGUUUUGGGUACUUGUGUGCAAGUAUGUUCCUCCAAGUUGGACAGGAUUUUGCCAAAAUAAAUGUGAUAAAGUUGUUCAGAUAAUGUUAUAGGAUAAAGAUUUGUCCUUACAUAUUCUCAUAUUCUGUUUCCUGUAUUAAAGGAAGAAGAAGUGAAUUUCAAGAUACAUAUACAUGUACUAGUACUGUAUUGUGAAGUUCAAGAUACAUGUACAUCACUGAUGUUGAUAUAUGAUGAAGAAGUAGAAAUUUAGGCAGAAGCGCACUAUGUUGUCGGAAAAAUGAAUUAAACAUGAAAUCACACA